AUGAAGCAGGCCUACGACCUUGGCGUCAACUUCUUCGAUACGGCCGAGAGCUACGCGGGUGGUAACUCGGAGAUCAUCAUGGGCCAGGCCAUCAAGAAAUUCGACUGGAACCGCAACGAUAUCGUUGUUAGCACCAAGCUCAACUGGGGCGGCGCCAACGGCGAGGUGCUCAUCAACAACCACGGUCUUUCACGCAAGCACAUCAUCGAGGGCCUGCGCGCGUCCUUGAAGCGCCUCGAUCUCGAGUACGUCGACAUCGUAUACGCACACCGACCCGACCGCUUGACGCCGAUGGAAGAGACCGUCCGCGCUUUCAACCAUGUUAUUGACAAGGGCUGGGCCAUGUACUGGGGCACGUCCGAGUGGAGUGCAGACGAGAUCGCUGAGGCAUGUGGUAUCGCCAAGGACCUCAAGAUGAUUCCUCCCGUGGUUGAGCAGCCUCAGUACAACAUCCUCGAGCGCCGCAAGGUCGAGUAUGAGUUCCAGCGUCUGUACCAGCGCUUCGGACUUGGCCUGACCACCUUCAGCCCCAUCAAGAUGGGCUUGCUGAGCGGCAAAUACAACGACAGCUUGGAUGCGCCGCCGGCCGGCAGCCGUUUUGCCGAAGGCAAGGGCGACAAGUUUGUCAACUGGGCCAACAAGGAGUGGUAUGGCAACGACGAGUGGAAGUCCAUGAUUCAGAGCGUGGUCAAGCUCAAGGGUAUCGCAGAAAAGCUUGGCGCGACGCAGUCGCAACUGGCUCUUGCUUGGUGCUUGAAGAACCCGAACGUGACUUCAGUCAUUACGGGCGCCUCGAGACCCGAGCAAAUCGUCGAGAACGUCGGGGCCCUUAAGGUUCUCGAAAAGCUGACGCCGGAGAUCAUGGCGGAAGUUGAUGCCAUUGUUGGCGAGGUCAAACUUGACCCGGCCAGACAAGAUUAG